AUGAAUGGUCGUCUAGCGAGAAAGUAAAUUUAUUUUUUGUAGUAGCUGACGGGGGGGGGAUCGGACCGGUGUUUGGUCGCUCUUGACGCGUUUACCAUUUUCGCCCCGAAAUUGCUAGGUUUUUGGCAUUUUUAUUUUUGGAUUUAUCUUUUCUGAAAUGCUGUUCGGAGGUAAAUUAGUGUCUAAUAGCUUACUCGAGUGCUCUAAAAAUAUAUGUUUUCAAAAUUUAAAUGGAAUUAGUAUUGAAAUAACGAUUCAAUUGACGCGAACGCGUCCAAUAUGAUUCAUAGAAGGUUUAUUCCAGUUUUCAAUUUCUUUCAGAGUAGUUUUAAAUGUUUUGUGGAUUUUUUCUUUUUUCUGCUCAUUAUGUUGUCAGUGUUAUCCAGCCUUUGUUUACACAGCGAUCUCACCCAUCAAUUUCAGGUUAUUUGAAGACUGGUGCCAUGGUUUUUGGUUUUUGAAUUUGAGAGAUUACAGCGUUUUGAGUCAAAGUAGUGGCAGUACAACGUCGAAUAUGUCCGAAAGGACACUACCACGACGGAUUAUCGUCAAUUCAGGAAAUCAGUCACACAAAUUUUGCUCCAAUGAAAUUAGGUAAUACUUUAUUCUAUUCUGAACUUUUGUCUUUAGUACAUGCAAAUAUAAUGCCUUUACAUUCCUUCCAAGGUUUCUUCUUGAACAGUUCCGGAGGUACAGCAACGUUUUCUUCUUGGUGAUAGCAUUAUUGCAGGUAACGCUUUUUGUUUUUUGUGUUUAUUAACGUUAUUGUUUAUUAUUAUCAAUAAUUUCAGCAAAUUCCUGAUGUGAGUCCGACUGGAAGAUUAACCACUGCUGUCCCGUUUCUGAUAAUAUUAUCGUUGUCAGCUUUAAAAGAGAUUUUUGAAGAUAUUGUAAGUAAUCUGCAGUUUAUUUAUGUUUUCGUAUUUUUAGAAGCGACGACGAAUGGAUAGCAUGGUGAAUAAUUAUUCAGUUUUUGUACUGCGAGGGAAUGAAUGGGUGGAAACAUGGUGGAGAAAUGUAAGGACUAGAUUAUUUGUUGUUUAUUGGUUUUGUAUUUAGGUAGCUGUUGGAGAAGUAGUGAAGCUUGAAGCUGGAGAUGCCUUUCCAGCCGACCUCAUUUUACUUUCUUCGAGUGAACCUCAAGGAAUGGCAUAUAUUGAAACAUCUAGCCUUGAUGGAGAAACUAACCUUAAAAUACGACAAGCCCUUCCCUCCACGGCUCAUCUGAUUAACAUCCAGAUGGUUCAGAAUUUUGAUGCUACUAUCGAAUGCGAACCUCCUAAUCGACACUUGAAUGAAUUCACUGGCAAAAUAUCCACAGAAGACGUUAUCCGGCCCUUGUCGUUAUCUCAACUUUUGUUGAGAGGAUCUAAACUCAAGAAUACAAAGUGGAUUAUUGGAUGCGUAAUAUAUACAGGGCAUGAUGCGAAGUUGUUGCAGAAUUCUAAAACUGCCCCAUUGAAAAGGUAACCGAAUAAUUUUUAUGCAUAAGAAUUUCAGAUCUAACAUUGACACCCUUACUAAUCGUCGAAUCAUUGUUUUCUUCGUGGCUCUUGUCCUGCUGGCUCUUAUUAGUGCUUCAGGAGCUGAAGUUUACAACCAUUGGUAUUUAAAGGACGCAGAAUAUAUUCCCCAAGGAUCUCGUGGAAACUUUGCUUACAACGUGCUGACCUUCUUCAUUCUGUACAAUAAUCUGAUCCCUAUUUCUCUUCAAAUAACAUUAGAAUUGGUCAGAGUGUUGCAGGCUGUAUACAUCAAUAAUGUAAGUCUGUUUGUGUUGUUUUAUUCUUUCUUAGGAUAUUGAAAUGUAUGAUCCUCGAACUGAUUGUCGAGCUAAUGCCAGGACCUCCAAUCUGAAUGAAGAACUUGGACAGGUCAAAUUUUUGAUGACUGAUAAAACAGGUACCUUGACGCAAAAUGUUAUGAAAUUCAAGCGAUGUUCUGUGGGUGGAGUGAAUUAUGGAGAUGAUACGGCGGAAAGUUUCACGGAUACGGAGAUUCUUCGUCAUUUUAAUACGAACCAAAUGAGUGUGGCAAGUCCAUACGAAUUCUUUUUGGCUAUGGCAGUUUGUCACACUGUGGUACCUGAAAGAGAUUCAGAUACCGGAGAGAUUAUUUAUCAGGCAUCUUCACCGGAUGAAGGAGCACUGGUUAAAGGAGCUGCUUCUCAGGGAUUCGUCUUCACGAAGCGAACUCCUGACUCUGUUUCUGCAGAUGUGGUAGGUGACUAUUUGUUAUUCGCUCCAAAAAGUUUGGACAAUCUUAUCGCCGGCGUCGUAUAAUCACGGGAUUAAUCGUUAUUUGUUUUCAGUUAGGAAACGAAGUCACCCUGAGGUUGUUAAAUGUCCUGGAGUUUAAUAGCGAUCGAAAGAGGAUGAGUGUCGUUAUGAAGUUUCCAGAUGGCACGAUCAAACUGUAUUGUAAAGGAGCUGUAAGUCCAUUCAUUAAAGUGUGAUGUUUCUUUAAGGAUAACGUAAUCAUGGAGCGUCUGUCGCCGAAUCAAGAUCGGGAUGCCGUUGUUGUUAUGCAAGACCACCUUAUGGGAUAUGCCAAGAAUGGAUACAGAACGUUAUGCUUUGCUGUGCGUGAGGUCUCAGAAUCUGAAUAUCAGAAAUGGAACAAGAAAUAUGAAUCGGCGUCGUUGGAGUUGGAGGAUCGGGAUAAAAAGUUGGCCGAAGUUGCCGAAAUGAUCGAGAAGGACUUGUACUUGGUUGGAGCCAGUGCCAUCGAGGAUAAACUACAAGAUGUAAGUAUUUUUUCCGAUACAAACACCAGGGGUUGCCCAAAAAUUCUGGGGGUAAGGGGAGGUUCCCGCUUACCAUUUUUUUUUCUUCGACCCCGACCGGGGCCUAACUACGCCCCUGCCAAAGACAGGGCCGUACGGGGCCAAAAUUUACCCUGCCAAAACAAUAAAGAUUGCAAAUUUAGUUUGUACCAGAAACAAUUCAAUCCAUGAUGCAAGCUGACAUUAGAGUAUGGAUGUUGACUGGAGACAAACGAGAAACCGCCAUUAACAUCGCUCAAUCAAGUGCUCUGUGUACAAAGAACACGCGUUUGUUGAUCUUGGACAAAGCUGGGUAUGAUGAAGUUCUGUCAAAGCUGGAGUCAUUCAUUGAAGCCGCGAAAAAUUUCCAGCAGAUGAAUAUUGAAUUUGCAUUGGUUAUUUCUGGCGGCACCCUGCAGCACGCCAUGGUGGGAGAAGCUCGACAACAAUUCGCGGCCCUUGCCUGGUUAUGCCGGGCUGUUGUUUGUUGCCGUAUGACCCCCAUGCAGAAGGCGGAGGUUGUGGAAUUGGUUAGAAGCUUUGGAGACCAUAUAGUUCUUGCUAUUGGAGAUGGUGCCAACGAUGUUGCGAUGAUACAAGCUGCCAAUGUUGGGGUUGGAAUCACUGGAGAAGAAGGACUCAGGGCGGCGUCGGCUUCGGAUUACUCGAUUGCCCAAUUUCAUUUCCUGAGACGAUUGUUAUUGGUUCAUGGUACUUGGAACUUUGAGAGAAGUGUCAAGGUUAUUUUGUACAGCUUCUACAAGAAUAUCUGCUUAUACAUCAUUGAAUUGUGGUUCGCUUUCUUCUCCGCUUUCUCUGGACAAACUAUUUUUGAUAGGUAGGUGCUUUUAUUGAGGUAACCAUCAAGGCUCCACAAAUCACGAAACCCAAGUUCAAGUUCAGCUCCAGAAAAAUCUUGGGUUCUAGUUAAAGUUCAGAAGAAUGCAUAUGUCAAGUUUAAAAGCCCUUUUACCCAGCAUUAUUUUAGAUGGACAAUUGCCUUGUUCAACGUGUUCUUUACCGCCUGGUCUCCCGUUAUCAUUGGUCUUUUUGAUCGGCCGAUAUCGGCAAGGACCAUGAUGAAACAUUCCUCCUUAUACAACUUGUUCCAACAGAGGGCGUUCUCUACUCCGGUAAAUUUUGCCUUUUAACAUGUCUAAUUCCAUGUUUUAUUUCUUUCAGAGAUUCGUGUUAUGGAUUGUAAUAUCGCUGUGGCACUCGUUACUUUUGUUCUAUCUGUCUUACACUUUCUUUGUUCAUGAAAUUGUAUGGGAAUCCGGCCAAUCUGGGGGUUGGCUUGUCCUUGGGAAUGCCUGUUAUACAGUAAGUGCCCCAUUCCAAAAUAAUUCAUUCAAUUCUCUAAGUACGUCGUCGUGACCGUUUGUUUGAAAGGCCUCCUCGAAUGUGAUACCUGGACUUUUGCAAUAUUGCUGGCCACAUUUGGAUCGAUUUUUAUAUGGUUUUUAUUCCUAACCGUCUACUCAUUCAUAUGGCCGACGAUUCCAGUUGGAGCCGACAUGAGGGGAGUGGCGUGGAUAUUAUACACGUCUCCUGUCUUCUGGAUGGGUCUUGUUUUCAUUCCAGCGACUACCCUCUUAGCCGAUUACGUUAUUAGAACGUAGGUUCUAUAACUCCAAUAACAAACUUUGCUUUAGUUUGCAAACGACUUUCUUCCCAUCACCUCGUGAAAUUAUUAAUCUCAAAGAAAAGGGGCAAUUGCGCAACGAGAUCUACGUCGAAACAUUGGACAAUUUGUAAGUGGUAUUUUGACUGUGCAUGUAUUUUAAUUUAGGGCUCCAAACCAUUAUAUGCCCGUUGUCAGCAAUGCUAAUACACCAUCUGGUUCUCGUGGGGGCGGAGGGUUGGAUGCCUCGGGUUAUCACUCAUAUGGAUCUGUCCCUGGAAGAAGGAGAUUACCAUUGCAAAAGUCGCCCCAACUUUCCGGAUUCGCGGUUUAUCUAAAUUCAGGGGCUUCGGUAACUGGAGAUGACUCCAGAGAACAAGAUCCCAGGUCGGUUCCUCUAGUCCAAUUAGAGCACAACGGGACAAGUGAGCUUGAAACAACUACUUUAAGCCGCGCUAACCAAAGACUGGCUUCUGCUGCUGAACUAGAGAAUCAGGCUAACUGUAAGUCCUCGCUUUUCGCACACUUACAGUGUGCCUUCUUUAGAUGGGUUCGCCUUUUCUCAAGAAGAAAACGGCAAUAUUCGUCAAUCUGAGUUGAUCGGACAUCACACUUGCCACAGGGUCUAA